AUGGAUGAGCCUGAUGUUGAUGAAGGUGAAGCUGACUUUCUAAAUGAUGUUCUAAAUGAUAAAGGUGAAGGUGUUGAAAAUCAAGAUGAUGGUGAUGCGAUUGAAGGUGAAUGUGAAGGUAUUAAUGAUGAGAAUGUGGUUGCUGAUGAUGUUCUAAAUAAUGAGGUUGCUGAUGAUGAGAAUGAGGCUGAUGAUGAAUGCCAUUUGAUAUUGCCUAAGAAAAGGAAAAGAAAGCCAUCAGAGAGGAUCACUAAACUAAAGCUUAAAAAGGCAGUUUUUGAUAAAGAUGGGGGUGGUUCCACAUGUUCAAAUCCAGUGAAUCUGGAGUAG